GUGCACUUUAUUAAUACCCUCACACUUCUACUACCUAUCCUAAUCGCUAUAGCCUUUCUAACACUAGUAGAACGAAAAAUACUAGGCUAUAUACAACUACGAAAGGGGCCAAAUAUCGUAGGGCCAUACGGAAUUCUACAACCAUUCGCCGACGCAAUAAAACUGUUCAUUAAAGAACCCCUACGACCCUUAACUACCUCAACAUCCCUAUUUAUUUUAGCCCCCACACUAUCACUCACCCUAGCGUUUAGCCUAUGAGUUCCCCUACCAAUACCCCACCCCCUAAUCAACAUGAAUAUGGGAAUCUUAUUUAUCCUAGCCACCUCAAGCCUAGCUGUCUACUCAAUCUUAUGGUCAGGAUGAGCAUCAAACUCAAAGUACUCUUUAUUUGGAGCAUUACGAGCAGUAGCACAAACAAUCUCAUACGAAGUAACAAUAGCAAUUAUCCUAUUAUCAGUUCUCCUAAUAAGUGGAUCAUUCUCACUCCAAACCUUUAUUACAACCCAAGAACCUAUAUGACUAUUAAUUUCAUCAUGACCACUAGCUAUAAUAUGAUACAUUUCAACCCUAGCUGAAACCAACCGGGCCCCAUUCGACCUAACAGAGGGUGAAUCAGAACUUGUCUCUGGCUUUAACGUAGAAUACGCCGCAGGCCCAUUCGCCCUAUUCUUCAUAGCCGAAUACACUAACAUUAUUAUAAUAAAUGCCCUAUCAACAAUCGUAUUUCUAGGGCCAGCACAUGACCCGAACUACCCAGAAAUAUAUACAACUAACUUCAUAAUCAAAACACUCCUACUCACCUCAAUAUUUUUAUGAGUUCGAGCAUCCUACCCACGAUUUCGAUAUGACCAACUAAUACACCUCCUAUGAAAAAAUUUCCUACCCCUAACUCUAGCCCUCUGUACAUGACAUAUCUCAAUACCAAUAUUCAUAGCAAGUAUACCACCUUACACUU